AUAUCCGCAUACCAUUAAUGUGGAAAGGCUCUGAUCACUUCAACAGUAAAGAAAGAUCACAGCGCUAUGCAAUUUUUUGCUUAUUCAAAAUGGGAGCUGAGGUUUUUGAUACAGACAUGGUUAUUGUGGAUAAAGCAAUAACUGAUAUCUGUUUUGAAAAUGUAACCAUAUUUGAUGAAGCGGGGCCAGACUUCCAAGUAAAGUUUGAAGUGUAUAGUUGCUGUACAGACCAAUCUUCACCUAUAACAAACACUCCUAAGAAGCUAGCCAAGAAGCUUAAGACAUCCAUUGGUAAAGCUACUGGAAAGAAAAUCAACUCUUUGCUAGAAGAAGACAACCUUGAAUCCUUUUCAUUCACUGACCCAAUCAUACCUGGUGCAAAAUACAGUUUGCUGGCACAUACCACUUUGGGGCUGGAGAGUGCUGAGGACAAUUUCAGGACCCACAACCUUAUCGUUACAGGAAGUGAGGAGUCAUCAUUCUGGCUUCCCUUAUAUGGAAGCAUGUGUUGUCGUUUAGUUGCUCAGCCAUCCUGCAUGGCCAAGGAUGUGAUGUCAGGAUUUCUUAAUCAGCAGCAAAUGGUAGGAAGCCUGACUAACUGGAGGAGGCUGUACUGUGUACUAAGAAGUGGUAAACUCUUUUGUUAUUAUACACCUGAGGAAAUUGAAGCUAAAGUGGAGCCAGCUUUGACAGUUUCCAUCAACAAGGAAACCAGAAUCCGUGCUGUGGAUAGGGGCACCGAGAAAAGAAUUAAUAACUUUACUGUUACCAAUCCUGUGGAUGGAGAGGCUGUGACUCAACUUUUUGCAGCUGACAGCAGGGAAGAACUUCAUAAGUGGAUGGAAGCUUUCUGGCAGCAUUUCUACGAUCUUAGCCAGUGGAAACAUUGUUGUGAAGAAUUUAUGAAAAUUGAGAUUAUGUCACCACGGAAACCACCUUUGUUCUUGACAAAAGAGGCAACCUCAGUCUACCAUGAUAUGAGUAUUGAUUCUCCAGUGAAACAUGAAGGUUUAACAGAUAUCAUACAAAGGAAAAUGGAGGAGACUGAUGGAGAGUUCCUGAUUGGCCAGCAGAAGGAGUCUGUACCUUCUGUAUGGGCCCCGUUAUUUGAUGGUUCUCACCAGAUGCUUGUCCAGAAAAAUAUUGUGUUUCCAGAUGCAAAUAGUGAGAUAGUAAGUCCUGAUGAUGGCAAAGGAAAGAAAAGAAGAGCUCCACUUCCACCAUCUGAUAAGCUACCAUACAGCUCAAAAACUCAGAUGAGCACAGAUCAGUUGGACAAGGAAAACUUGUGGAAGAAGCCUACCAUUGCACGUAGGACCUCUUCUUCUUUUGAUGCCAAGUUAUCUUCCAUGAUGCAUCAGUUGCAGAGGCCCAUUGCUGCUCCUCGCAAACUGGUUCCUUGCAGGAAAACCAGCUCAAUUGACAGUGAAAAUCCUCUCUCUUCAGUUACUGAGACAGAGUCUGAAACCAAACCAAUGCCAGCUCCUAGACAGAAAUCCAUCAAAGAAAUACUAGACCCUAGAUCAUGGUUGCAGUCGCAGGUGUAACAUUUAGUUCAUAAAAGUGACCAACAUAUAAAGUUUACUAGUAUUGGACAUUUAUCAGUGACCUGAGUCUUUGAUAAGAACUGGGCCAUUAUAACUAUUUUUAAUGUAUAUAAUUCUAAGCCUAUACUUUGUAUUGCAAUCUCAGCCCUGCUUGUCACUGUCAAGAUCUAAAGUAUUUCUCUACCAAAGU